CCUGUUCAAAAUGGCCUAAACGGUCAUGGACUCUCCUUUUACAGAGUGUGCUUGUUGGAAAGGUGCCCUUACAAAGUCCCAGAAGCUUAUCGGCAAGGUUUCAGGAGCUACAUGAAGCCAGGUUAGCCCCCUCUCACAAGAAUAAUACAUCAAGACCUGCUCAUACUAACACUGAUGGACCCCACCCACCAGAGAGAAUCCUUCAGGAUUCCUUUCGAGUUACACACUUGUGUCAAUACUCUGAGCAUAUAUUGUGAAGUACCAUUACGAAGAGGUGCUGUACUGUGUACCUAGUCAGGCUGUGAUACACAGGAACUGGUUUCUUUACAGCCAUAAUCACCUAAGCAAUGGCUCACCAUUCCCAUGGAGAGGUUUGGCUAUAAUGUUUUGGCAUAAGAUGCAUGUUUUCUCUAAAAACCUGACACUGAAAGGCAGGAAAGCUUAAGUUGAGUAACUAUUUUCAGCUGAAUACACUAGGUUUUAUGUUUUUUUUUUUUAAAUAUAUAUGUGAUAUAUCACCUAUUCUAAUGAACAGGUAGCAAAAACGUCAAUUCAGAGUCAAUUCAAUUGAUUUGCUGAAAAUAGCAGACAAAAAGCUCACUCUCCGCAGUGCGCUUCCUCAGGCUACUCCCUUAUCAUAGCGCACUGCAUGAAAUGUUAGAUGUACUGUAACAGAACAGAAUAACUUAGCAGACAAAAAGCUCACUCUCCACCGUGCACUUCCUCAGGCUACUUCCAUAUCAUAGCACACUGCACGAAAUGUUAGAUGUACUGUAACAGAACAGAAUAACUUCAUAUAAAAAAUGUAGAAUUAUAUUGGAUGCUGUCUUAACAAGAUGUUUGUAAUGUAUUUUGUUUUUGACCUUUAUUGUUCUAAUGUGCUCUAUUGGGUCUUAAACUAUUUUUAUUGCUAUUUAAAUCGGAAGGGUCUCUCAAGACAUUUUAAAAAUCAGUGGACUGAUAUGCUUAAAUAAAGGUUUAAUAAUAAUAAUGCGGAAAAUAAACGCACACAUAUAGUAAUGACAGAAUCACAAUAGGUGUCUCCAGCAGCCACAUACAACAGGAAAAGUGGUUUCUGUUAAUGUAAAGGUCAGUGCAUGUGUGUGAGUGACCAUGUACAGGUUUGUGAGGUCUCAUGGACUCAUCUCCGACAUUCUGCAGACCCAGACCUCGCUCGCUGUCCUCUUGAUGCAUUCUCUGGAGGAGCUCACUGAAGAUGAGCUGAAGAAGUUUACAUUUUACCUGAUUCACCUGGUGUAUGAAGAGUAUCAGCGCAUUCCCAGGGGUCAGCUGGAGAAUUUGGACAGAAUAGGCAUCACCGACAUGAUAAUACGUUCCUAUGGUGAAGUCGGUGCUCUCAAGGUCACGCUUGAGAUCCUGAAGAAGAUGAACCUAAAUGAUCUUGUUCAGAGACUGAGUAAAGACCUGAAGAAGGGUCCCCAAGCAGGAAGUGAGCUGGGUGACAUAUUGGAGCAGAACAUUAUUAUGUCAAAAAGAUCAAAGGACUCCAGUGCCCAGGGAGGAAAAAAAGAAAGAGGAGAGGAGGAAAAACGGGAAAAAGACAAAGGGGAACUCAUGCAGUGUCAGCACAGAAUAAAAUGUAACCUGAAGCAGAAAUUUCAGUGUGUAUUUGAAGGGAAACCUAAGGGAGGACAGCCAACACUUCUCAGUGAGAUUUACACAGAACUCUACAUAACUGAAGGUGGGACUGGUGGAGUCAAUGAUGCACAUGAAGUGAGACAGAUUGAAACAGCAUCUAAGAAAUGGCGAACAGAAGAUACUACAGUCAAGUGCAAUGAUAUAUUUAAACCCUUAUCUGGGCGUGAAACACCUAUCAGAACUGUACUCACUAAAGGAGUGGCAGGUAUCGGGAAAACAGUUUCUGUGCAGAAAUUUAUUCUCGAUUGGGCAGAAGGAAAAGCAAACCAGGAUCUUCACUUCAUAUUUGCUCUUCCUUUCCGGGACCUGAAUUUGAUUAAGGAUGAAUACAGUCUGAUUGAACUGCUUCACCGCUUUGUCCCAGAACUGAAAUCGCUGGAAUCCACUGAGCUGUUUAGUUAUAAAAUCUUGUUCAUCUUUGAUGGUCUGGAUGAAUGUCGCCUUUCUCUCGAUUUUCUGAACAAUGAGAGCUGGUUUGAUAUAACAAAGAAAAUGUCACUUAAUGUGCUGCUGACUAACCUCGUUAAGGGGAAUCUGCUUCCAUCUGCUCUCCUCUGGAUAACCUCCCGGCCUGCAGCAGCCAAUCUGAUACCUCCUGACUGCAUCCACCGGGUGACCGAGAUACGAGGGUUCAGUGAUGCCCAGAAGGAGGAGUAUUUCAGGAGGAGAUUCAGUGAACAGAGCCUGGCCAACAGGAUUAUCACACAUGUGAAAUCAUCAAGGAGCCUCUUCAUCAUGUGCCACAUACCUGUGUUCUGCUGGAUUUCAGCUACUGUGCUUAAGAGGCUUUUUAGUGAGACUGACAGGGGAGAAAUUCCAAGGACUCUAACUGAAAUGUACACACACUUCCUGAACGUUCAAACAGGAUUUAAAAACGAGAAGUACAUGAAGAAAUUACAGCUUAAAACACACAGCCAGGAAUUCCUUUUAAAACUUGGUAAACUGGCUUUUGACAACCUUGAGGAAGGCAAUCUCAUAUUUUAUGAGGAAGAUUUGAUAGAGAAUGACAUUGACGUCAGUGAAGCUUCAGUUUACUCUGGACUAUGCACAGAAGUCUUUAAAGAGGAAUAUGGGUUGUAUGAGGAUAAGGUGUACUGCUUUGUGCAUCUGAGCAUCCAGGAGUAUCUCGCUGCUUUAUAUGUAUUUCUGUCAAACUCAUCAGCCGACCUGCUGAAGACUGCAGUGGAUCAGACAUUAACAAGCAAGAAUGGACAUUUGGACCUCUACCUCCGCUUCCUCCUGGGUCUCUCAACAGACUCCAGUAAGACUCUGUUAAAAAGGCUUCUGGGACAGACCAGAACCAGCUCACAUAACAUUGAGGAAACAGCCGAAUACAUCAAGUGGAAUAUACAGAAUAAUUUAUCUCCAGAAAGGACCAUCAAUCUGUUCCACUGUCUGAAUGAACUGGGUGACAAUUCUCUAGUAAAGGAAAUCGAAAGAUACCUGAAGUCAGGGCGUCUUUCAGCAGAUGACCUCUCACCUGCACAGUACUCAGCUCUGGCCUUUGUGAUGCUGAUGUCAGAUGAGGAGCUGGAUGUGUUUGAUAUGAAGAAAUUCAUCAGAUCAGAUAAAGAGCACUGGAGGCUGCUGCCUGUGGUCACGAACUCCAGGACAGCUUUGCUGACAGGCUGUAGAGUCACAGAAGAUGGCUGUUCUUCCCUGGCUUCAGCUCUGAGGUCAAACCCCUCACAUCUUAGAGAGCUGGAUCUGAGCUACAAUCACCCAGGAGCCUCAGGAGUGAAUCUGCUCUCUGCUGUACUGGAGGAUCCCAGCUGUAAACUGGAGAAGCUGAAGGUGGACUGGUGUGACCUCACUGGGAAAUGCUGUGAGGCACUGGCUUCAGCUCUCAGAUCAAACUCCUCACCCCUGAGAGAGCUGGACCUGAGUGACAAUGACCUGCAGGAUACAGGAGUGAAGCUGCUCUCUGCUGGACUGGGGGAUUCACACUGUAAACUCGAGAUACUGAGGCUGACAGGCUGUAGAGUCACAGAAGAUGGCUGUUCUUCCCUGGCUUCAGCUCUGAGGUCAAACCCCUCACAUCUUAGAGAGCUGGACCUGAGCUACAAUCACCCAGGAGACUCAGCAGUGAAGCUGCUCUCUGCUGUACUGGAGGAUCCCAGCUGUAAACUGGAGAAGCUGAAUGUGGAUCACGGUGGAGAGUGCAGGACCAGGCCAGGCUUACAGAAAUACUCCUGCCAGGUGACAUUGGACCCCAACACAGCACACAGAUUCCUGUCUCUGUCAGGGGGGAACAGGAAGGUAACAGGUAGGGCAAAGGAGCAGUCAUAUCCUGAUCAUCCAGAGAGAUUUGACGUCUGCCCCCAAGUUCUGUGCAGAGAGAGUCUGACUGGCCGCUGUUACUGGGAGGCUGAGUGGGAUGGAUAUGGAGCCUGGAUAGGAGUGACUUAUAAAGGAAUCGGGAGGAAAGGAGGGAAGGACUGUGGGCUAGGAGCCAAUAACAAGUCAUGGAUUCUGUGGUGUGAUCCUGUCAGUUACUCUGUUCUACAAAAUAAUAAAUGGACUGUCAUACCCAUACGGCCCUCAGGCUCCCGCAGAGUAGGAGUGUAUCUGGACUGGGAGGCUGGUGCUCUGUCCUUCUACAGAGUCUCCUCUGGUGGACUGACCCUCCUGCACAGAUUAACCUCCUCAUUCACUGAGCCCCUCUAUCCAGGGUUGGGGGUUUUUAUGAACUCCUCAGUGUCACUGUGACAUAUUGCUGGUUCUCAUAGCAAAAACGGUAAAAUCUCUGCUUUUUAACCUUUAUAAUAAUUUUUACUCUGAAAUAUAUGUUUGACAAAAAUAAAUGUCAGUGUUCAGCGAGUUAAACAUCCAAAAUAAACGUUUUUUUAUCUGACUAAAAUGUAACAAAAUGUAAUCCUGAUGAAUGGGGGGGGGGGGGGGGCUUUCCCCCUCCCCUGUAUAUAUACAUUUUAUAUUUUUAUGCCUAUUUACUGUAUUUCCUCCCUGUACAAUGACAAUAAAGGCUUUCUGUUCUGUCCUA